UUGCAGGACUCGUGUUGUCCAUCCACAAUUAAAGACUUUCGGCAUAACCUCGGCGAGCGUUGAUCAUCCUCAAUAUAGGACUUCCAACAAUUGUCGGCCAGUGUUGUUUAUUCUCAAUUGAAAACUUUCGGCAUAACCUCGGCCAGUGUUGAUCAUCCUCAAUUGAAGACUUUCGGCACAUCCUUGGCCAGUGUUCUUUAUUCUCAUUUAAAGACUUCCGGUAUCUCCUCGACCGGUGUUGUCCGUUCUCAAUUAAAGACUUUCGGCAUAUACUUGGUCCGUAAUGAGACGUGCUAGGCUGAUCAAGGCCAGGGCGGCUGGUUGUGCUUUAGCAGUUUUGGUUAUCUUACACUUUCUAGACUGGAAGAUCUUCAACUCUCACGGAACAUCACCAACCUCUCGGCCACAACAAACCGAAAUUAUCAACAAAGGGCGUGGUAAAAAUGUCAACAAAAAUCUUACUUUUGUAUUCGAUGACAAGAAACGACAAGAAAUCGAAAAAUUCAUGGAAUAUUUAAAACCUGUAAAGUUUGAUGAGAUGCCAUGGAACACGCCAUUUGACCUUGAUCUUCGCGUGAUCGUAAUUACUUUUGACCGUGCUAGCUCUGUUGAAAGGUUGUUGACAUCUUUAAACAACGCUAAUUAUUUAGGUGACAAGGUAGCUAUUGAUGUCUGGAUAGAUCGAUCCAAAUCUGGUGUCAUUCACGAGGAAACAUACAAAAAGGUGAAAACAGUUUUUGUUCAAACAUGGUGAGGUAAAUAUCUAUAACCAGACUAGGCACACCGGAAGUGCCGGCCAAUGGAUGAAAACCUGGGUUCCGUCACCAAAAAACGACGAAAUUGCUGUGAUUUUGCAGGACGAUUUAACAGUGUCGAAAUAUUUCUACAAAUGGUUGAAAAAUGCUCACGCGAAAUACGACUCAGUACCAUAUAUAAACGGAUUCGCCCUUCAGGGUCACAGUAUCAAACAUGGCGGCACAUCCGGGUCACUUCGGGCUCCAGACGAAAAUGUUGUCUUCCUGUAUCCAAUUCUUGGUACUUGGGGCUUUUCUCCAAGUCAAGAAAACUGGAUACAAUAUAUACAUUGGUACGAACGUACUACAAAAGUACCUUCCUUUCAGCCUAUAGUCCCCGGUAUACUUCCCACUAAAUGGUAUAAACAAAGCAUCAAACAGGGAACCAUGGACGAUAUGUGGUCCAUAUGGCAUAUAUACCACGCAUGGAAAUUCAAAGAGAGAUCUGUUUAUCCUAAUCUUCCUGGAAAUGCCGGUCUGACCAUGAAAUGGAACGCGAAUGGGCAACCAGUCAUGCAUAACAAAUCUGGCUCAUUAUUAACCGAGUGGAAUGCCAAGUUCGACAAUUUACCUGACGAACCCGUUCACCUAAAUGUGAAGGGUGAAGUAAGUCCCAGGAUUCAAUAUCUAUGAUAAUACCAAGCAUCUAUAUAGCGAAGCAAAACGGAAAUAACACGUAUUUAUUUGUGGUUCAGUGUUUCGACAUGAAUGUAACUGUCGUUUGAUACCUGUCAAAUCCAGGAAGUGAUAUGUGCUAUAUGAGGAAGCAAUAAACUUGAAUAUAUUCCUUUUGUGAUUUUGGAUUCACGUGAAAAAAAAACCGGCUUUAGGAACAACGAUUUGUUGAAUUGACUAUAGUCAGGCGCCUCGAGAAGUAAAUUUAUAUAUUGUUGUUUCUCUUAAGAGGCGACAUUUUCCUUCGAUGUGAUUGUCGUGAUAACGUUUUUGGCCAUAGAGUGAAAUCUUCCCGAUUUUGUCUUGAUUUUGUCAUGUUGUGACAUCUUUCGGGUGAGUGCUUUAACCAUUGUGUGCAAGUUGCCGUUGAGUGGCAUACUGCCGAUUGUGUGCGAGUCGGUCAUGGAGUGACAUACAGCCGAAUGUGCGUGAUUUGGCCGCGCAGUGAUAUAUUGCCGGUUGUGUUUGAUUUGGACGCGCAGUGAUAUAUUGCCGAUUGUGUUUGAUUUGGUCGUGGUCAUAUAUCUUUCCGUUCGAGUGUGUGAUUUGAUUACAUGAGAAAAUAUGGCUAUGACGUGAUAUAUCCUUGCCUAUAUCGUUGUUAUUAUUGUCAUUUACUGAAUGUCAUUGUUGACUGCAGCAGUACCUCAGUACUUAAUGUGAAUCAUAUGUGGAACGUUAUCGCAACAGAAUGAGGAAGAGUUUCUAUUGCUUUCACAAUAAGUACAAUUACAAUCAUAAAUCAAAAUAAACUUCCAGGUGGUUUAAGAUGUUUUAUUAUGCAAAUAUAAGAAUUAUCUUCAAGGAAGGAUUUGAAAACAGACAGUAUAAUACAUUUCACUUCCACAGAUGUUUAUACUUUUCAAAAUAUCUGCCUAAUUGUAUUUAUGGAAGUGUUUUUGAAUAAUAUAUAUCUAAUGUCAUGAGACAUACGUCCUGGAAAUAAAUCAACAUCUAAUAAGUUCUUAUCACAGUCACUAGUAAACGUUGUUCACACGUAUAAAAGGAAAAAAAGAACAGACAUAAGAUACUUAAUGAGACAGUAUUUGUUUCUGUGAUGUUAGACAAAAACAACAUUCUUAUCAUUAAAACAUAUAAUGUGUUUGAAGUGUAUAUUGCUUUAUUUCUCUAAGUACAAACCAACCUCUUUAUCAGAAAUGACUGCAAGAACAUUGUAUGUAAGUAUAAUUUCGAGAUAUAUACAUAAACCGCUCUGGGUUCCAGACAGAGCCUAAUUAAUUCCUAUUGUGGCAGUACAUUGUAUUAAGCUCACAACAUAGGUGUGAACUUGGGCUCUGAUAUAUAUUUAUAAGAUAGGAAAUAUUUCGAUAUCCAAUCUUAAGACAUGACCAAAGUUUAUAUCAGGUAAACAUCAAAACGAAAACAUUAACAAAAAUUCGCUUUUAAUCAUCAAUAUCGCAUUUUAAAAUAACACAUUGAGCAUUAGUAGAGACUAAAUAUAAGACGAAAAUAACUCUACGUAGAGGACUCACACAACUAAAUCAACCAAUCAACUGGGCGAGAAUUCAACAGGUGGGCGUUCCCCUGUCUACGGUAAACAUCAGUGUCACUGUUUACGAGUACCCAUGAACCCAAAUGCCAUUAAACCUUUACGAUAACAUAUUUCUCAGGUAACAGAUACUUCAAACUUUAAUUUGAUAUAUAUUUCACAUCAUUUGAACUUUAAAAGAGCGAUUUAGGGGAUGGAGUAACUAGUUCUAACAUAGAGUAAAAUAUUUAGUUGUGCGAGUCAUUGAGGUAAUUAGUGAUAUGCAAAGUUACAACUCAAUGUAUAUGUAAACCAAGUAAAAUUUGUCCCAUUGUUUCAAUUAGAUUAAAAAUUGUGAUCUGAUGUCACAGGAUCGGUUAUAUUGUAUGAACAAGAUUU